CAAGUCAGUUAACAACAAUGUUUCUAACCCUAAUCCUACUCCAGUUUUGGGCCCUACCUUGGUUGGUCCUCAGUGAAGAAAGGAUCAUAGACGGCAACACAGUCAACAAUAAGGAUGUGCCAUGGUAUGCCACAGUCCUAGUCAGAUCUAGAUUGAAAUGCGGUGGAGUCCUCGUCUCCAAAAAAUACAUCCUGACAGCUGCCAAGUGUGUGGAUGGCUCUAAUGUACGCCAUAUCGAAGUAAGAUUGGGGACCAGCAGCUGCCAGUCAGGUGGAACCCAAGUGGGAAUAUGCGAGGUGAAGAAACAUCCCCAGUACUCCCAUUGGCGCUUCGACAACAACCUGGCCCUGCUGAGAUUAUGUGAGCCACUGACCAUCAAUGAUCAAAUAAAGCCAAUCAAGAGGAUCGACAAGGUGCCCGGGGAUAAUGCAGCAGCCAAAGUCAGCGGAUGUGGCGGGCGAGCGGGCACUCUCUUAGAAGUUCUAAAAGACAAGAGGUUUUUCCCCAUUCUUGAGGAUAUAUUUCUACAGCUCCCUGCUCAGCUGUACGGCACCGAAGUGAAGAUCUUCAACCAAAGGCAGUGCGCUGCAGAGUGGGAAGGCUGUCCACUUAAUUUGAUGGAUGGGAUCUCAGAUCUGACCCUCUGCACCAAGUCAUCAGGCAGGGGAGCCUGCUCCUAUGAUAUGGGUUCACCUUUGGUGGUCGGCAACAAGCUUGUGGGCAUUCUGUCCAGGGCAGGUUGUUCGAUCAAGCCCGAUGUCUAUUCGAGUAUCCUUAAGCAUACAAGUUGGCUGGUUUCGAAUACCAAGGAGUAGUGUUAAUAACCAGAAAUACUUCCUAAUAAUUAUAUAACACUGUAACUUUAAGCUGCCUUCUUAAGAACCUAAAAUAAAGAACUUUUAAGUGUGAAAAAUCAA